AUGUCACUGUGGGUAGAUAAAUAUAGGCCUAAGUCUUUGAACGCACUUUCACAUAAUGAAGGGUUGACAAAUUUCCUGAAAUCGUUAUCUGAUCAACCUCGUGAUUUACCUCACCUUUUACUGUAUGGACCAAAUGGUACAGGUAAGAAAACACGUUGUAUGGCAUUAUUAGAGUCCAUAUUCGGAUCCGGAGUCUACAGGUUAAAAAUUGAUGUCAGACAGUUCGUCACUGCCUCGAACAGAAAACUAGAACUGAAUGUGGUUAGUUCACCGUACCACUUAGAGAUCACGCCAAGUGAUAUGGGUAACAAUGAUAGAAUUGUCAUUCAAGAACUAUUGAAAGAAGUAGCUCAAAUGGAACAAGUAGACUUUCAAGAUUCUAGAGACGGAUUGGCCCAUAGAUAUAAAUGUGUUAUUAUCAACGAGGCGAACUCGUUAACAAAGGAUGCUCAAGCUGCCUUAAGACGUACUAUGGAAAAGUAUUCCAAGAACAUUAGGUUGAUAAUGAUCUGCGAUUCCAUGUCUCCUAUAAUCGCUCCCAUCAAGUCACGUUGUCUGUUGGUCCGUUGUCCUGCACCAUGUAAUAACGAAAUUUCAACGAUUUUGUCUGAUGUGGUAACGAAUGAAAGGAUACAGCUAGAAACAAAGGAUAUUCUACAAAGAAUUGCCCAUGAAUCAAAUGGCAAUUUGCGGGUCUCGCUACUAAUGCUUGAAUCCAUGGCAUUAAACAACGAACUAACAUUGAAAAGCAGUAGCCCCAUAAUAAAACCGGAUUGGAUUAUAGUGAUCCAAAAACUAACGAGGAAAAUCGUUAAAGAGAGAUCUGUUAAUUCUUUAGUCGAAUGUAGAGCUGUCCUAUACGAUUUAUUAGCUCAUUGCAUACCUGCUAAUAUUAUUUUGAAGGAACUAACGUUCUCAUUAUUGGAUGUGGAAACCCUGAGUACCAUGAAUAAAUCGUCCAUCAUUGAAUAUUCCAGCGUUUUCGACGAAAGAUUAUCACUUGGAAACAAGGCAAUAUUUCAUUUGGAAGGGUUCAUAGCAAAAGUUAUGUGCUCCUUAGAUUAA